AUGCCGGCGGUGGCUGCUGCGACUGGUGUUUCCAUAUUAAAAGUUUUGGACGAUGACUAUUAUAACUAUGGCACCCAAUGCCUUACAACAAAACAAGAAGGUAAGCGCACGGAACCUAGAGCUCCCCCUAGGCAGAGUGUAGUGAAACUUCGGAAAGGUGAAGAAUUUACAUCCCUAGUUUAUGAAGCCGGUCGACGUCGUAGAUCGAGUACCUCUUACUCUUCGGACUUUGGGGACAUCCGCGAGGGUGUCUGUCGAUUAAAUAGAUUAGUUUAG